AUGAAGGUGACCCACACUCUGGUGUCUUUGGCUGCUUUGGCCAUCAUCCUGUGCACCAUCCCCGCGGCGAUGGCAAGCAUGCGUGCUGACGACACUCUGGCAUCGAAGUUUGCGGCCUUCAAGCAGAAGUACGGCAAGGUGUACAGGGAUGCUGGUGAGGAGGCGUAUCGUCUGCGCGUGUUCAAGGAGAACCUUGCGCAUGCAGAGCUGGAGGCAAAGGCAAACCCGCACGCAAUGUUCGGCGUGACACGCUUCUCUGACCUCACACGCGAGGAGUUCCGUCAGCGCUACAUCAAUGGUGAGGCGUACUUCAAGAUGGCGGAGAGGCGUCUGCGGAGACCAGUGGAGGUGCCUGCCGGGAAUGCGCCCGCGCAGGUGGACUGGCGCACGAAGGGAGCCGUGACGCCAGUGAAGGAUCAGGGCAGCUGCGGCUCCUGCUGGGCUUUCUCCGCCAUUGGCAACAUCGAGAGCCAGUGGCACAUGGCCGGCAACCCACUGACACGCUUGUCAGAGCAGCUGCUUGUGUCCUGUGAUACCGUGGAUGAAGGCUGCAAUGGCGGCUUGAUGGACAACGCCUUCAAGUGGCUCGUGGAUUCGAACAAGGGCAAGGUGUACACGGAGAGCAGCUAUCCCUACGUCUCUGGCUCCGGUCAAACGCCGGCGUGCUCGACAAGUGAACAUGAGGUUGGUGCGACAGUCACUGGCUUUGUGGACUUGCCAAAAGAUGAGGACAAGAUGGCGGCAUGGCUUGCUACCAAUGGACCCAUUGCUAUCGCUGUCGACGCCAACAGCUUUCUGUCGUACGUAAGUGGUGUUUUGACGAACUGUGAAUCGGACCAGUUGAACCACGGCGUACUUCUUGUCGGCUACGAUGACAGCAGCAAUCCACCGUACUGGAUCAUCAAGAACUCGUGGGGUGAGUGUGUUUCUUUUUAA